CGCUUGAGAAGUGAGGGUGUUUGAAUGGUGAGCUGUCAGGGGGCUAACUCUCUGCCAACAGUAUCGCUGCACCUUCGUGCUUUGCCUGAGAUCCCCCCCAAUCCAAGUCGAAUUUGGUGUAUACAGCCAUACCGUUGUAUUUGUAUCCUCUCUUUCUCCCGUUCUUCCCCACCCCCCACUCCCUCUGCCGUCUGGCCAAUGCUGGGAUCUGGGAUCUAGUCGCCCCCUUCCUGCAUCCUUCCCGCCUCUCCCCACCCUCUUCUUCUCUCAUCUUCGCACCACCCAGCCCCACUCCCACGUACCCAAAGGAUCAAGAGCAAAGACACCCGGAGAAGGCAAGGGCUAGUCCCAUCUCAGAUCCAAGGAGGCCUCGGCAGGGAUUGCGCUGUGAGUGACAACCUUUCAGGAAGCGAAAAAGAGAGAGAGAGACCCAGACACCAAGCCAGGGCUCUACAGGACUGCGAAGCUCACCACUGAAUCGAGGGCACCGAGAUCUUAAAUGACAAUAAUAACAAUAAAUUAAAAAAAAAAAAAACAGUCUGGGACACUCACUAAGCCUUGCUUGCCUGCCACCCAGGGCAUAUUAAAGCUGUGGUCGUGAGCUCUGUCACUAACAUCGCCGCGCUAGGUGAGCGCCCCGCUCUCCUAUUGGUAUGCAGCGACCAUUUCCCUGAAAGUCUCAAAGGUGGAAACACUUAGAAGGAUUACAAGAGUGAUUUGGUGGCCUUUGUGAAAGUUGGCGGCCAGAAGAGGACAAACUGCAAGGCUACGGCAUGAUGGAUACAAUUCAGCUUCGGGAGAGUUUGCAGCUCCGGCUGGGAAGUCCCUCGGAGCAAACCUGGGAGAUCGUGAGCGCCCUGCACUGAUAGUUUUGUAAUCAACCACGGACCAUGAAACCUUCUAUAGCUGAGACAUUUCACAGAGGAAGGAUGCUGUGGAUUAUUCUUCUAAGCACAAUUGCUCUAGGAUGGACUACCCCGAUUCCCCUGAUAGAGGACUCAGAGGAAAUAGAUGAGCCCUGUUUUGAUCCAUGCUACUGUGAAGUGAAAGAAAGCCUCUUUCAUAUACAUUGUGACAGUAAAGGAUUUACAAAUAUUAGUCAGAUUACUGAGUUCUGGUCAAGACCUUUUAAACUGUAUCUGCAGAGGAAUUCAAUGAGGAAAUUGUACACCAACAGUUUUCUUCACUUGAAUAACGCUGUGUCCAUUAACCUUGGGAACAAUGCAUUGCAGGACAUUCAAACAGGAGCCUUCAAUGGUCUUAAGAUUUUAAAGAGGCUGUAUCUACAUGAGAACAAACUAGAUGUCUUCAGAAAUGACACCUUUCUUGGCUUGGAAAGUCUCGAAUAUCUGCAAGCAGAUUACAAUGUCAUUAAACGCAUUGAGAGUGGAGCAUUUCGGAACCUAAGUAAAUUGAGGGUUUUGAUUUUGAAUGAUAAUCUCAUCCCCAUGCUUCCAACCAACUUAUUUAAGGCUGUCUCCUUAACACAUUUGGACCUACGUGGAAACAGGUUAAAGGUUCUCUUUUAUCGAGGAAUGCUGGACCACAUUGGAAGAAGCCUGAUGGAGAUCCAGCUGGAAGAAAAUCCCUGGAACUGUACAUGUGAGAUUGUGCAACUAAAGAGUUGGCUGGAGCGCAUUCCUUACACUGCCCUGGUGGGAGACAUCACCUGUGAGACCCCUUUCCACUUUCAUGGGAAGGACUUGAGAGAAAUCAGGAAGACAGAACUCUGCCCUCUGUUGUCCGACUCUGAGGUGGAGGCUAGUUUGGGGAUUCCCCACUUGUCAUCCAACAAGGAGAAUGCAUGGCCAACUAAGCCUUCCUCCAUGUUGUCCUCUGUCCAUUUUACUGCUUCUUCUGUUGAAUACAAGUCUCCAAAUAAACAACCCAAGCCCACCAAACAGCCCCGAACACCAAGGCCACCAUCCACAUCUCAAGCUCUAUAUCCUGGUCCAAACCAACCUCCCAUCGCUCCUUACCAGACCAGACCACCCAUUCCCAUUAUAUGCCCUACUGGGUGUACCUGUAAUUUGCACAUCAAUGACCUUGGCUUGACUGUCAACUGCAAAGAGCGAGGAUUUAAUAAUAUUUCUGAACUUCUUCCAAGGCCACUGAAUGCCAAGAAACUGUACCUGAGUAGCAAUCUGAUUCAGAAAAUAUACCGUUCUGAUUUUUGGAAUUUUUCUUCAUUGGAUCUCUUGCAUCUUGGGAACAAUCGUAUUUCCUAUGUCCAAGAUGGGGCCUUUAUCAACCUGCCCAACCUAAAGAGCCUCUUUCUCAAUGGCAAUGAUAUUGAGAAACUGACACCAGGCAUGUUCCGAGGCCUACAGAGUUUGCACUAUUUAUACUUCGAGUUCAAUGUCAUCCGGGAGAUCCAGCCUGCAGCCUUCAGCCUCAUGCCCAACUUGAAGCUGCUAUUCCUCAACAACAACUUGCUGAGGACUCUACCAACGGAUGCCUUUGCAGGCACAUCCCUGGCUCGGCUCAACUUGAGGAAAAACUACUUCCUUUACCUUCCUGUGGCUGGUGUUCUAGAACACCUGAAUGCUAUUGUCCAGAUAGACCUCAAUGAGAAUCCUUGGGACUGUACCUGUGACCUGGUCCCCUUCAAACAGUGGAUUGAAACCAUCAGCUCAGUCAGUGUAGUAGGUGAUGUACUUUGCAGGAGCCCUGAGAACCUCACUCACCGGGAUGUGCGCACAAUUGAACUGGAAGUUCUCUGCCCAGAGAUGCUGCACACUGCGCCAGCUGGAGCAUCACCAGCCCAGCCUGGAGAUCCUCACCUUCCUGGGGGGCCGACCAGUGCAUCACCUUAUGAGUUCUCUCCUCCCGGGGGUCCUGUGCCGCUUUCUGUGUUGAUUCUCAGCCUACUGGUUCUGUUUUUCUCAGCAGUCUUUGUUACUGCAGGCCUUUUUGCCUAUGUGCUCCGACGGCGCCGGAAGAAGCUGCCCUUCAGAAGCAAGCGACAGGAAGGUGUGGACCUUACUGGAAUCCAGAUGCAAUGCCACCGGCUUUUUGAGGAUGGUGGAGGAGGUGGAGGUGGAAGUGGAGGUGGUGGUCGACCCAAUCUUUCUUCCCCAGAAAAGGCCCCUCCUGUGGGUCACGUAUAUGAGUACAUCCCACACCCAGUUACCCAGAUGUGCAACAACCCCAUUUACAAGCCUCGCGAGGAGGAGGAAGCGGCUGUCGCAUCAGUCCAGGAGGCAGGGAGUGCAGAGCGCGGAGGUGCUGGGACACAACCGCCAGGAAUGGGGGAGGUCCUCCUAGGAAGUGAGCAGUUUGCUGAAACACCCAAGGAGAAUCACAGCAACUACCGGACCUUGCUGGAAAAAGAAAAGGAGUGGUCCCUGGCAGUAUCCACUUCCCAGCUCAACACCAUAGUGACGGUGAAUCAUCAUCACCCUCAUCCUCACCAUCCAGCAGUUGGUGGGGUUUCAGGGGUAGUUGCAGGAACUGGGGGAGACAUGGCUGGGUUCCGCCACCAGGAGAAGAAUGGUGGGGUGGUGCUGUUUCCUCCUGGGGGAGGCUGUGGUGGUGGCAGCAUAUUACUAGACCGAGAGAGGCCACAGCCAGCCCCCUGCUCAGUGGGGUUCGUGGACUGUCUCUAUGGCACAGUGCCCAAAUUAAAGGAACUGCACGUCCACCCUCCUGGCAUGCAAUACCCAGACUUACAGCAGGAUGCCAGGCUUAAAGAAACCCUUCUCUUCUCGGCUGGAAAGGGCUUCACAAACCACCAAACCCAAAAAAGUGAUUACCUCGAGUUAAGGGCCAAACUUCAAACCAAGCCGGAUUACCUCGAAGUCCUGGAGAAGACAGCAUAUAGGUUCUGACUGAAAAGUAAAGAUAAAUUAGUGCUUUUUUUUCAAAAGAAAAGAAAAAUGAAAGAAAUAUAUCCCUUGCUCCCUUUACACUUUCCCCAAUAAAUCCAUUCUCACAAACUUCCCUGCCCUGAACGGAACUGAAACCGCAUGAUAACUAGAAAAUACAGAUGUAUGUGCUCCCCUCGCAAAUGUGAUUUGGAGGAAGGGCCAUACUCAGAUCAUUAAUCAAUGAAGUGCCUUCGCAGACUUUUGCCAGCAAAUGUUAUCAUUAUUUUUUUUAUACAGAAAUUUGAGACAUUGACUGUGCCAUGUAUAAGGUAUAAUGCGGAUCGGUGUAUUGAUCCUAAUUAAGUAAAAUUCAAUGUAUCUUUUUUAUUUUCAGUAACUAUUUUUUUUCUAGUUUAGUUUUGUUUGACAGGGAGCAGAGAAAACAAAUUGAAUUUUGUGUCUCUCUUUCCUCUCCCCAUCAUGGCACAGACCCUGUACAUGUAUUAACACUGCAGUUUGCUGCAUGCCUGGAAACUGCAAGAUGGGGAGGGAGGGGGCGGGUCUUUGCUCGAAUGUUCUCACCCACUCUUUUUUCUCUCCCACACAUACCCACAAGCAAAUCACAAAUCCCUGCGCACAGGUCCCUGAACCUGCAGCCUCUUGCUUCUGGUGCGGGCACACACACACACACACACACACACAACACACACACACAACACACACACACACUACUCCCAUUCAGACCAAUCUAAUUAGUUCAGGUUUGAUCCAUUUGUCUCCUCUCUAUAGCUCCACCUUUCCCUUCAUCCCUAGUGUACAGCUCAUAACAUCUCUCCAACCACCUAGGAAAAGUCAUAUUCUAGGCUGGAUCCUGCGGAAGUGGAGGCCCGGUGGUUUAAUGGCCAGAGGCACACACCUAGGGAUGAGCAUCCUAUUUGUGACACUUCAUCCUGAUGCCAAGAUUUUUUGGAGAACAUCUGCACUUUCUUAUAUAUAUAUAUAUAUAUAAAAGAGCAACUGGGUAUAUAUCACUAACAGCUUUGUAGGAAGCACUUUUAAUGUUUUCUCUCACACACAAAGAUUCAAAAGAAAUGUGCAUAUAUUUAUUCUGUAAUUUCAGUUAUUAUAAAUUGUAAAGGUAAUGUUUAAUCAUUGUAUAGUGAUUAUGCGUCUGGUAUAGCUUUCCUAAUAAAAAGUUUUUGAAAAACAUAAUACAUUAUAUAUAGAGGAUACAAAGCUUGAACUUUUAACUCCAGCUAUGCCAUGCCUUUCGUGUUCACAUUAAAAAACAAAAACAAAAACCUUUCCUUUACUCGUUACACAGAAAGCUAGUUUACUAACAAAGUUUGAUGCACUGUGAUGUUGAUAUAUGUUGUAACCACCCCCAUUCCAUACCAGGAUAUAAUUGGGACUUUUAAAAAAUCUGAUAUAUAUAUAGUUCACUUAUUUUUUAUUGUAUUAUUAUUUCAAAGUUAGUACCCCAAUAAUGCACCAUUUUUCCUAGGCAGGAUGUAAUUGGGAAAAAAAUAAGGUAACUAGACUGCUAAGAAGUCUAGCAUUAAGAGGAGGUAUUUGGGGAUUGAGGCAUCUUAAGACACUGAUAAAAGGAAAAGAAAAAUUGCUAUUCUUGUAUUAAAAACAUGCACACUAAAAUCACUCACACACACACACACACACACACACACACUAACCAAUCAAAAUCUAAGGCCAAGGGGUCAAUUUGUCAGAAUCCUGUUAUCUGUGAAAGUUGUCACAUAUGUAGCUACUGUUUUUUUCCAACCACAUAUGGCAACUGGACCCAUUCAUGCUUGAACUAAGUCAGAGGAAGUUGAAUGAGCUUUUC